GCUUGCAUGCGGCUGUUUAUGUAAACAAAGGAUUUUAAAUCAAAUGACUUCUUGUCCAAAGAAAUGACUGCCCGAAUAAUCCAACGAAGCCUGCACACGGCUCGCUCCUGCCUGCUGGCCAGAGUUCCACGUCGGGCUAAUCCUGGUCUGGGCUACCAGAUGCAGCAACUACAGGAGCACCCGGCGAGGACCACCGAAGCUAGCGAGGAUUACGCCGAUCUGGAGUCUGACUUCAUGGACGUCCAGAAAACCCAUCGGCAGUAUGAGAGGGAGCAACAGCAGCAGCGCGAUCGCAUCCGUCAGUUUAUGAUCAAGCACAAGUAUUUUCGGGAUGCCAAAUUACCGAAUCUUCUGCUCCAUGCGGAAAAGGAGCAGAUACGCUUGCUCCACGAGCGAGAUCCCGAGGAGUGGAGCGUGGAACGACUAGCGGAGAGUUUUCCCGCCACUCCAGAAAUUGUGCAGAAAAUUCUUCGCGCCAAAUGGCGUCCAAGAAGCGUGCAAAGGAUCCGUUCCCACGAUAAAACCGUCGUCAACAAUUGGCAGCUACUCAAGACAGGAAAAGAUGACUUCAAUCUACCAACCGCCUUGCUGCAGCACCUCCAGAAAUUUGCCGAUCGAAAGCGACAGGAUCUGAGGGAAUUAAAAAUUGAAGAUUGGCCCACAAGACCGAAACUACCCGCUCCUCAAGGAAAUGAGUUUAGAAAGCUGCUGGGAAGCAGUAAAACAGUCCAGGAGGAGGUCCCUCCACCACAAAUACCUUCUGGUUAUGAACCACCACCCUCCGCUGCCGAAGAUGAAACAUAUCUGUUGGAUAAAAUCCGAAAUAAAAAGAAUAUGCGCCUUCAGGAGCUCAAGGACCUAAAGCUGGUAGAGUCUGUAGAUAAAGUUCCUGAGGAACUGCAACGUCCUAUUGAGAAUCCCAGCGGAACGGGAUUUCUUCCCAGUUUCGUGCGCAAGUUUGAGAGCAGCGAAAUUGUAAUCAGUGCAGCGGACCAGCGGAAGUACGAGAUAACCCAGGUGAAAACCCGCAUUGUUAUUCCUCGAAAAUUGCAUCGCGAGGGAGCCACAUAUCGUGUGGAGGACGCCUAUUACGACGAUGACGGGGAGCUUCUCUACCGCGUUCCCGGAAUGACCGGAAAAAGCCAAUUUUAAGCUAAUAAAAUUCUAGAUUGUCAAGAUCACAAGAUGUUAUUAUAUAAAAAUAUAUAAAUCAUUCGA